GCAAGAUCGAUCCAACAACGGAAACAUCAUCACAUCAUUCAAUCGUAGCAUCCUUGUCCUGAAAAAGGCACAAACUCCUUGUGAUUCCUUUUCUUCUCUCUGCGCCGGCUCUUCAUAACAGCAGAGAUUUUUGAGAGGUUGCAGAGAGAGAAAUCAAAAGAAGAAGAAGAAAAAUGGCUGGUGUUUCCAGGAUUGCUGUAGCUGUUGUUGCUCUUGCUCUUGCUUCUGCCUUUGUUCUGCCUGUUGCUCAGGCCCAAGCUCCUGCUCCUGCCCCCACCAGUGAUGGGACAUCAAUUGACCAAGGCAUUGCAUACGUGCUGAUGUUGGUGGCACUAGUGCUCACAUACCUCAUUCACGCGGCAGACUUAUCUCACAGCUUCUGAAAUGGGUAAACUUUGGAUUAGGAGAUAGAGAUAGAGGUUUGGGUUAGAUUAUGGGAGUGAUGUGCGUGUAUCUUUUAUUUUCGUCUGUUGAUAUUUGUAUGAAUGGAGUGUUUCUGAGUUGUGACGAAUUUGUUGUUGUUGGGAUCAGUGGUUGUUGCUAAUGCUAUCACCUUGUUUGGAGGCA